AUGGAUAUGCUUGCUUCUUCAGCUCUGGAGGCAGAUUCCAGCCUGCCGUCUUUCUUCGAGAUGUUCAUGACCCAGCAGGUUGAGCAGAGCCUCAAACCGGCGGCGAGGCAUGCGCACAGGCAUCAAACAUCAAAACACGCGCCGCUCUGCUUGUGCCGUUAUUACGUGAUGCUCUUUGCGAUCAGCGCGCUGGCUCUUCGCUGGCCAUCGCUACACCGCCUCUCUCCCUGGUUCGACGAAGCUUUUCUAGUGUUGUCCCUUUUGGUCGAGGCUAAAUUUCUGUCCAAGCACAGUUCUCUCCUGUCGGAGAGUUUCUAUGGCCUCCGGCGUUGCCGCUACGGGCCAAAGUCAGGACCCCCUGGGCCACCAACUCCUCAACCCGCAAGCUCUGACGCCGAGCACGACGCGCACGUGGCUUUCGACCUCAACGGAGCCGGCUACGGGCAAGGACAAGGGUUGCGCGCGAGAGACAGACGCAAGGCGCUGUUGAUGACGGCGGCUCUCCCUUAUCUCUUGGCCAAGCUUGACGCCGGUCACGAAAGAUCUUUGGCAGCUCGGGCAUAUGGCGGCCUCCCGCGGCCUACUCCGCAGGACGAAGAACCAGCGGUAGAUGGAGCAGCAGCAUCAGCAAGGAGGAAUAGUUCCGUUCGUGGAAGCAACACCGAUGAUGGUGUUCAUGGUGGUAGUGAUGGCGGAGUCGGUGCCGGUCGAGGGGGUGCGGGGGAGUCUAGGUCUAGCCGGCGGGGCUUCUCGGGCUCGGCAAGGAGAGCCAGGGCCGAAGCUAGGCGACGAUUUUUCGCUCUCCGCCAGCUGUUUUUUCAGGUCUACCCACUCCUACGCGCAUCGUACGAAGGGUCGUGCCUGGUUUACCAGUGGCUCUACCUCUUCCGUCGGUCGGCGUUCUUCUCCCCGGCCCUAAGACUUACGGGCAUGGUCGUGAGGCGAGCAACGAUAGAGGAUUGGCAGGAAGAUGCUGAAGCCGCGGCGGCGGCGGCAGCGGCGACAGCAGUAGCGGACCCUUCAGCUUCCACGGCAGCGGGAGGGCCGAGUGGUGAGGGUGCAGGCGGUGGCGGUGGCGGUGGUGGUAGUCUAGGAGAUCGGGUGGCUCGGUACGGGAGGGUGCUGCUCAUAACCGCGGUCGUGGCGUUCAAGAUUGUGGAGUGGUGGAAUAGGGUCGAGUCUCAGGAGGGUUCAUCGUGGAGGAGAUCCCAACUCCCGUCCCCGCCCCCUCCGCCUCAGCCCCCACUAGCCGCGCCCGGGGGCUGCGGAGUUCCAUCCGACUCGGGGGCGUGUCCCGCCUGCGGCGGGGCGCGGGUGAACCCGGCCCUGUGCGCCGCGUCCGGGUUCGUUUUCUGCUACGGGUGUCUUUCCGCGCACGUCCGAGAGCACGGGGAGUGUCCGGUGACGGGUUUGGCGUGCCAAGAGGAGGGCAUCGUGCGGCUUUUCGAUGACGAUGAGACGGGAGGAGGGGGAGGGGCAGGGGCGUAG